AAGACUUAGCGGUGCAAAACAAGACAUAUAUUUUGUCUGUCUGUCUGUUUCAACGUGAAGAAACGCGUCCUUAGCGAAUUUCAAUAAAGUAACUGGUCUGAAGAUAAUUUAAAGUUAUUGAAAUAUUUAAUUACGAAGCUAUUCAUAUUAGCAUGCCUAUAAUUGAAGAAAUAGACAGUGGAAUUGAUGCCAAUAGCUCUUCAAAUAGUAGAGAAGAUUCUCCUACCACUAAGAAAAGCGAUAUGGCUAAGAUCAAGGAUGAUGAUGAUGAUGAUAUUGAUGAAACAUUAAUGGAAAGACUUUGGGGCCUCACAGAAAUGUUUCCAGAAAGUUUAAGGAACUUUACCUCGUCUGCUGUUAGUAAAUCAGUGUCAGGUGCAAAAUGUAUCUAUGAAUACAGCCGAUCUGCUGUGUGGAUAAUUUGCUCAUCAACUGCCAUUUUGGUUGCACCUGUUGUGAUCGAGUUUGAACGAAUGCAGUUAGAAGACAUGCAGAGACAACAGCAAAGACAGAUUCUUCUGGGCCCUAGUGCAGCAGUAUCUGCAGGUGGAAUGCCAGGUUUAGGAAUGCCAAUGCCACCACAGAUGGCUCAAAGAUAAAAAAAGAACUUGUAUAUGUAUCUGUAUUAUAGCUAGGUCAUUCAUUAACAGUUAUGUAGUGUUUGCAGUUAUGUAAAAUGUGGUUCCACAAUUGUGAUUGGAUUUCAUUUCCAUAGUUGUAAUUGGAGGAUUUUGUAUAUGAAGAUGCUAAUGAAUAAUACUUUUCAGAAUACUAAUUUCAGCUCAUAGUUUUAAAUGUGACAAAGUUUUCAGAAUACACAUACAUCUGUAUAAAAAAUAAAUAUUGAUAUAAAAAAUGGA